AUGUCAUCCAGCAGCUUUGCCGCUGCUCAAGAGCGAAUCUUAGCACGGCAAACUGCCAGGCAACAAGAAGCUCGCGCUGCCCAUCGGCAGCCCGAGAUCACGAAUGGACGGUCUUCUCUGACGCGACUCACCCGGUCAUUGCGCCCCGAAUUGUCCUCGCUAUGGUCGGCAUUGUUGGAGUCUGAAGGAACGAGGCCAGCAUUUCGAGUCGGCCAGGUCGACGCGGAACUCCUAGACGAAGAAUUACUGGGCCUCUUGAAAACACAGGUUGGAGAUGCCUUGAAGUACUGGGGUCCCCAUCUCCAGGAUGACUGGUCACAAGAAAUCCUGCUCGUUCUUAGAGCGAUCCUAUUCAAACUUUCUAUGUGGGACAACGACGCCUCAUACGGUGCCUCUCUCCAGAAUCUCCGGUAUAUCGACGGCCGCAAACCGAGUCUCGCAUUACCCAGGCCCACCAAAUGGCAAAAAGGUCUGUACGGAUUGAUUACAAUUUUCGGGCGGUAUGGUUGGGAUAAAUGGGAGGACUGGCUUGUUGAUCAAGAGCGGGGAUAUACUGCUCCUUCUCAUACAGUCCAAAGAUUGAUGCGAUUCACCUCGUUCCUCUCAACCGCCCAUUCUAUUGCGGCGUUUUGCUCUUUCCUGGUCUUCCUCAUCAAUGGUCGCUAUCGGACUCUCACAGACCGCCUUCUCAGUUUGAGGCUUGUCUCCCCUUCCAAUCAAGUCAGCCGAGAGGUCUCAUUUGAGUAUCUCAAUCGUCAACUUGUUUGGCAUGCCUUCACUGAGUUUCUAUUGUUUCUUCUUCCGCUAGUUGGCAUCAGUCGGUGGCGUCGGUGGCUGACGAGAGCGUGGAAGAAAACGAAAGAGGCGAUGAGAUCUGAUUCUGGUGGCGGUAGUGACGACGACAUCAAAAGCGGGCCCCUUUCUUUCUUGCCAGAGAGGACGUGCGCGAUAUGUUAUCAAGAUCAGAACCCAGGCUCGACGUCUGAAGCCGAAAUACUCGGAGCCAAUACCAGCGCGGGGGGAGGUGUCAUUGGUUCGGCUACCACGGAUAUCGUCAACCCUUAUGAAACCAUCCCGUGCGGAUGCAUUUACUGCUUUGUGUGCAUAACUACCAAGAUCGAGACUGAGGAGGGCGGAGGGUGGUCUUGUUUACGAUGUGGUGAAAUCAUUUACCAGUGUCGGCCGUGGAAUGGUGACGUUAUUGUCGAGAAGAAGCAAAACAGCAAACCAGGAAAGUCGGUGGGUUUCUCCGUCGAUGAAAAGGAGACAACCGAAUUCGCCACAGGGGGGUCGUCUGAAGAAUCCCCCGAACUGGUUGAAUCAGCCCUCACGUCUAGUCAGUGGUCCAUGGCAGAUCAGGGCUCUCCAACCGGCUGA